GAAGUGGCUGUCGGAGGCUUCAGUCUUGGCUUCAACAUACAUAUGCAGUAUAGAUAUCACCUUUAUAGGUAUUGCACUAUACCUUAUUGCAUUCUUGCUUAUUAUUUUUAAUGUGAAGGGUUCUAAUAAGUAUUUAUGUCAGAUAAGGUGAAUCAAUUGAGAAAACACAGGAAAUUAUACAAUUUUGCAGUUAUCGUGCUCAGGCAACACAUAACCUGGGCGGGAGUGACAUACAAACAUAAACAGUGUUGUACUCAGCGGCACAUGUCCUCUGCAUGUCCUACUUAAUUUCAUUGUGUUUUGUAACCCCUCUAUCAAAAGACAGUGUCUGUCACCUGUACUAGAGUAGGAGCUAAGUAAGUGUUUAGGCGUGAAUGACAGUGCAGUGAAAUAGCAUCGUGGCUUUGGCCCAGUGUGCUGUCUGCUGCGUUGAGCACCGGUGUGUCCAGGCACCCAGGCCACAAGUGCCUCCAGCUCCCACCAUCAACCAACACCCUGCCAACCCUCGCCCAGCACUGAUAGGCAUGCUCAGUGUCCCCUGCCUGUCACCAGUGUUGUGGGCGUGUGGCGUCUCUGAGGUCUAGUACAUGAGAUGUGUGGGAAAUCAAGACUUCUGUGUGUCAUAAAAGAUGUUUUUAUUACCAAGACUACUCACAAGAAUACACAACAAGGUCUUGAGGAGUGUGAGGGGCAAGGUGAGCCCAGUGGCAUGUUGGGUGCACGUGACAGCCAACCGCUUCUGCCAGUCCCAUGGACCAAAAGAUUCCACGUCAGAUGUUCCUGAUUUGUCAACAUUUCCUCUGGAGCGCAUCAGGAACUUCUCUAUCAUAGCUCACGUUGACCAUGGCAAAAGCACCCUUGCUGACAGAAUACUAGAAAUUACAGGUGCCAUCAAAGCAGACACUAAGAAUAAGCAAGUCCUUGAUAAAUUACAGGUAGAGAGAGAAAGAGGGAUAACAGUCAAAGCUCAGACAGCAUCUGUUACCUACAAAUAUGGUGGGAAGGAAUACCUGCUGAACCUUAUUGACACUCCUGGUCAUGUUGAUUUUACUUAUGAAGUGUCAAGGUCACUGUCUGCUUGUCAAGGGGUCAUACUGCUUGUUGAUGCCAAUGGGGGUGUCCAGGCACAGACUGUGGCCAAUUUUUAUCUGGCUUUCACUAAUGAGCUGGCCAUCAUUCCUGUGCUGAACAAGAUUGACCUGAAGAAUGCUGACCCUGAGGCUGUCAAGGAGCAGCUGUUCAACCUUUUUGAAAUCAGUCCUGAUGAUGUGCUGCAGAUAUCAGCAAAGUUGGGUAUGGGCAUUACCAAUGUCCUGGAGGCCGUCAUUGAGGGUGUGCCGUCCCCAGCAGAGAAGUGCAGGGUGGAUGCUCCUCUCAGGCUCUUCCUUUUUGAUUCAUGGUUUGAUAAAUACAAGGGUGUUGUGUGUUUGGUGCUGGUGGUGGAUGGCUGCCUCAAGAAGGGUGCUCAGAUUGUGUCCUCACACACAGGAAAGCUGUAUGAGGUGAAGGACGUUGGGAUUUUGGCACCUCAUGAAUUUCCCACAGAUUACCUGUACACAGGACAAGUUGGUUAUUUCACAGCCAAUAUCAGGAAUACCAAAGAGGCUCUGGUGGGGGAUACAUUUUACUUAAAAGGAGAAGAAUGUGAAUCACUUCCGGGCUUCAAGGAGACAAAACCUUUGGUGUUUGCCGGUGUCUACCCAAUGGACCAAAGUGAACAUGGACAGCUCAAGGCUGCCAUAGAACGCCUUUGUUUGAAUGACCGGAGUGUCUCUGUCAAGCUUGAAACAAGUUCAGCAUUGGGUCAAGGGUGGAGGCUUGGUUUCCUUGGCCUCCUUCACAUGGAUGUUUUCAACCAGCGGCUGGAGCAAGAGCAUGGAGCUCAAGUGAUUGUGACAACACCCUCUGUCCCAUACAAGGUUCGAGUUCAAGGUGCCAAGAGUAUCCAACACUACAUGGGGGAGGAGGUCAUAAUAAACAACCCAGUGCUGUGGCCAGAGCCUCAAAACAUUGUGGAGACCAGUGAACCUUUUGUCAGGGGAACUAUUAUUACUCCAGUUACCUAUCUGGGCGACAUCAUAGGUCUGUGUCAGAGCCGACGUGGGAUACAGCAGAGCAUCAGGAAUAUUGACAACAACAGGAUAAUUAUGCACUACAAGUUACCCUUAAAUGAAAUUGUUGUCGAUUUUUAUGAUAUUUUGAAAUCUUUAUCAUCUGGCUAUGCAACUUUUGAUUAUGAAGAGUUGGGAUUUGAAUUAUCCUAUUUAGUUAAGCUUGAUAUCUUGCUUAAUGGUUAUGCAAUACCAGAGUUAUCCACAAUAGUCCACUCUACAAAAGCAAGGACAGAGGGGAAGCGUGUGGUUGAGAAGCUAAAAGACACUUUACCUAGACAAAUGUUUAAGAUUGCAGUGCAAGCAGCUGUUGGAGGAACUAUCUUGGCACGCGGUGACAUAAAAGCCCUGCGGAAAGAUGUUCUUGCCAAGUGUUAUGGUGGAGAUAUCACUAGAAAGAUGAAGCUACUAAGACGUCAAGCUGAAGGCAAGAAGAAGCAGAUGAAAAUGUAUGGUAAUAUCGAAGUUCCACGAGAGACUUUCAUUAAUCUACUGAAGAGAUAACUUGAAAUCUUCAUACAGUCAACUCAGAAAUACUCACAUCCUGUCCCUGAGAAGAUGCCCCUUUGUGCUGCUGCUGCUGUUUUACUUGAGCUUCAACAAGCUUUUGUAAAAAUACUGAUAAUUUUGCCAAGGCAGCAGUCAACUCCUCUGUCUUCAUUAGCUGUCGGGCUCGGUCCUGCCAGGACAUGGCUCGUUCUGUCAGGCACUGCAAGGCCUCAGCUUCUGGUAACCUGGUAGAGAAAGAAAGUUUAACUAAUAAAUGGGUUAGGUUAAAAUGUAGGAAAGAACAAUUUAAAAUAAAAUGAAAAAAAAUACUUCUUGGAAACAAAACUUCUAAAAAGAUCACUUGAGUGACUUAAGCAGAGAAGAUACAUCCUGACAACAAAUAGUGGUUGGAUUGGAAAAAUAAUGCAAAUAUUUCUUGUAUAUUGUAAAAGGUGACUAAAAGAGAAAGUAUGUCUGGAGAUCCUUUCCUGUUUUCUUUUAACAAGGAGAAAAGGUGUGUCAUCCUGCUCAGCUAACCCUCUGUUAAGGGGAAUGUACACUGGUAUACAGGAAGAUAAAUUGAGCAACAAAACAGCUAACAAUGGUAAAGAAAUCAAGCAAAGAUCCAUGAGUAAAUGUAAUCACUGUUAUUAUUAAAUUACUGCUUCACUAUGAAGCAUGGAUAAUGAGCACAGCAGUGCAUGUAUGACUUAGUCUGCCAGCACUGACUUGUUUUGCAUGAGAACAACACAUUUGCAGUACAAAAAAGAAAACAGUCAAAAGAUUUUUCCAGAAUGUAAAACACAUUUACCUUUGUCAGAUUAGUAUGAGGAAGCAUCAUCAAACAUACUUAUAUGUAACUAGUUCCUCAUCAUCACUACUCUCUAUGUGACAUGUUUAACACAUUUAUUCUUCCUGCUUUCAUCACAAGACUAACCAUGACAAACAACAAAAAUGCUUGCGUUGUGCAUAAAACGAAGAGAUAUUGGUGGACAGCAGCUCUGACAGCCAUGUGAGAAGAGUGCUGGUAUGAAACAUUUUUUAUGAUGAUGUCCCCACUCAAAGGAGUAAAGCUAUUCAUUCAAAUUAGGAAGUCAUGCAAGUGUCAGGCUACUGCCUAUGAUGCCAGAUAGCAAGGUAGACCCAAUCUCAACCCUUGUAUGAUGUGAGUAGCAACUACUCAUACAAACACAAAAGACUCAUAGCUGUCAGCUCUAACAUUAUGUAGGGACAAAGUUCAUCAUAAAAGUAUGCACCUGUAUGCCUGCUGGUCUUAUGUCUAUUAAUCCUGGUCUCUUAUCUCCUCAUCCUGCUCUUAUGACAAAGAAUAAUGAUGCAUCCACUGUUGUAGUGUAAUAUAAACAAGCAGGGCACUGGUGUCAUUAUUGUGAAAUGGUUAAACUACUGACAGUCUGCUCAUCAGGACAGUGUGAGGAAGAAAAAAAAAGGUACAUAAUGAAAUUACAUAGUAUAGAAUGGUGUGAUAUUGCAACAUUCUUAAUAAAAAUUUGUAUUAUCAA